UGGGGGGAGUCAGCGUCUCUCUCCCCCGCGCCAGCUCCCGUACACGGAGCCGCAUUCCUUGGCCCCCCCGCCCCCCUCCCUCGGGGCCCCCCCCGCCCCCCUCGGGAAAAAAAUCCACCCCAAAUCACUCGAACCCGAGGGAGGUUUCCUUUCACCCUCGGGGAGACGAGCUUUCAACGGUUCCCUCUUCUCCGUCUCCCCCCAAGCCCCCGUCCCCUCCCCUGCUCCCACCCCCUUCUCCCGGCGCCGGGUGCAAGGUCCCUUUAAGGCGACGGCGCCUUCCUCGGGUCAGACUACCGGCGGCGACGACCACGGGAGCAUGGCGGACACCGACCUCUUUAUGGAAUGUGAGGAGGAGGAGUUGGAGCCAUGGCAGAAAAUCAGUGAUGUCAUUGAGGAUUCUGUAGUUGAGGAUUAUAAUUCAGUGGAUAAAACUACUACAGUUUCUGUGAGCCAGCAGCCUGUCUCGGCUCCAGUGCCCAUCGCUGCCCAUGCUUCUGUUGCUGGGCACCUCUCUACAUCCACCACCGUUAGUAGCAGCGGGGCACAGAACAGCGACAGUACAAAGAAGACUCUUGUCACACUAAUUGCCAACAACAAUGCUGGCAAUUCUUUGGUCCAACAAGGUGGACAGCCGCUCAUCCUAACCCAGAAUCCAACCCCAGGUCUGGGUACAGUGGUCACUCAACCAGUAUUGAGGCCUGUCCAGGUCAUGCAGAAUGCCAAUCAUGUGACUAGUUCCCCUGUGGCCUCACAACCAAUAUUCAUCACUACACAGGGAUUUCCUGUAAGAAAUGUCCGGCCUGUACAAAAUGCAAUGAAUCAGGUUGGGAUUGUGCUGAACGUACAGCAAGGCCAAACAGUUAGACCAAUUACACUAGUCCCAGCCCCAGGUACCCAGUUUGUUAAGCCGACAGUUGGAGUCCCACAAGUGUUCUCUCAGAUGACCCCUGUGAGGCCAGGCUCCACGAUGCCUGUGCGGCCCACCACCAACACCUUCACCACCGUCAUCCCAGCCACUCUCACCAUUCGAAGCACCGUCCCACAGUCCCAGUCCCAGCAGACCAAGUCCACUCCCAGCACUUCUACCACUCCCACCGCCACACAGCCGACCUCAUUGGGGCACCUUGCUGUUCAGCCUCCAGGCCAAUCCAACCAGAAUCCCAAACUAGCUCCCUCCUUCCCUUCUCCACCUGCAGUGAGCAUUGCCAGCUUUGUCACUGUGAAGCGACCUGGGGUUACAGGUGAAAAUAGCAAUGAAGUGGCCAAACUGGUGAAUACCCUUAACACCAUCCCUUCCCUGGGCCAGAGUCCUGGGCCAAUGGUGGUAUCCAACAACAGCUCUGCCCAUGGCUCUCAGAGAACCAGCGGGCCUGAGUCUUCAAUGAAAGUGACCUCUUCCAUCCCAGUGUUUGACCUCCAGGAUGGUGGACGGAAGAUAUGUCCACGGUGUAAUGCUCAAUUCCGUGUUACUGAAGCUUUGAGAGGCCACAUGUGUUACUGUUGCCCAGAAAUGGUUGAAUACCAGAAGAAAGGAAAGUCUCUGGAUUCAGAACCCAGUGUCCCAUCAGCAGCAAAGCCCCCAUCCCCUGAGAAAACAACUCCUGUUGCUUCCACUCCCUCUUCUACACCUAUUCCUGCUCUGUCACCACCUACCAAAGUACCAGAGCCAAAUGAGAAUGUGGGUGAUGCCGUCCAGACCAAGCUCAUUAUGCUAGUAGAUGACUUCUACUAUGGACGGGAUGGUGGCAAAGUAGCCCAGCUCACAAACUUCCCUAAGGUCGCCACAUCUUUCCGAUGCCCACAUUGUACCAAAAGGCUAAAAAACAACAUUCGAUUUAUGAACCAUAUGAAACAUCACGUAGAACUUGAUCAGCAGAACGGUGAGGUGGAUGGUCAUACUAUCUGCCAGCACUGUUAUCGUCAGUUUUCCACUCCCUUCCAGCUCCAGUGCCACUUGGAAAAUGUUCAUAGUCCCUAUGAAUCAACUACCAAGUGCAAGAUCUGUGAGUGGGCGUUUGAGAGUGAGCCACUGUUUCUCCAGCAUAUGAAGGACACUCAUAAGCCUGGAGAGAUGCCUUAUGUUUGCCAGGUGUGUCAGUAUCGCUCCUCACUCUACUCUGAGGUAGAUGUCCAUUUUCGGAUGAUCCAUGAGGAUACUCGGCACCUGCUCUGCCCUUAUUGCUUGAAGGUCUUCAAAAAUGGCAAUGCAUUCCAACAGCAUUACAUGAGGCACCAGAAGAGGAAUGUUUAUCAUUGCAACAAAUGCCGGCUGCAGUUUCUCUUUGCCAAGGACAAAAUUGAACACAAGCUUCAGCACCAUAAAACCUUCCGUAAACCCAAGCAGCUGGAAGGUUUGAAACCAGGCACCAAGGUGACAAUCCGGGCUUCCCGAGGGCAGCCACGCACUGUUCCUGUACCCUCCAGUGAUGUCCCUCCCAGCACCUUGCAGGAGGCAGCACCACUGGCCUCCUCAGCGGACCCUCUGCCCGUCUUCCUUUAUCCCCCUGUCCAGCGCAACGUCCAGAAGAGAGCUGUUAGGAAAAUGAGUGUCAUGGGCCGGCAGACAUGUCUGGAGUGCAGCUUUGAGAUCCCAGAUUUCCCUAAUCAUUUCCCUACUUAUGUUCACUGCUCUCUAUGUCGCUAUAGUACCUGCUGUUCUCGAGCUUAUGCCAACCACAUGAUCAACAAUCAUGUUCCACGGAAGAGCCCCAAGUAUUUGGCUUUGUUUAAAAAUUCUGUGAGUGGAAUCAAGCUGGCCUGCACUUCAUGUACCUUUGUUACUUCUGUGGGAGAUGCCAUGGCUAAGCAUUUGGUAUUCAACCCCUCUCACAGAUCCAGUAGCAUCCUGCCACGGGGACUCACUUGGAUAUCUCACUCAAGGCAUGGCCAGACUCGUGACCGAGUGCACGACCGGAACUUGAAGAAUUUGUACCCUCCUCCUUCCUUCCCCUCUAUUAAAGCUGCCACUGUGAAAUCUGCGGGCGCCACCCCAGCUGAGCCUGAAGAGCUACCAGCUCCCAUGGCCCAGGCACUCCCGUCACCAGCCUCAACUGCAACCCCACCACCAACCCCCACUCAUCCCCAGCCUUUAGCCCUUCCACCCUUGGCUACGGAGGGGGCCGAAUGUCUGAAUGUCGAUGACCAGGAUGAAGGGAGCCCAGUCACCCAGGAGCCUGAGCCAGCAUCAGGGGGUGGUAGUAGCAGUGUGAUUGGCAAGAAGGAGCAGCUUUCUGUGAAGAAGCUCCGAGUGGUACUGUUUGCCCUGUGCUGCAACACGGAACAGGCAGCUGAACACUUCCGAAACCCCCAACGACGCAUCCGGCGUUGGCUUCGGCGCUUCCAGGCCUCACAGGGGGAGAAUCUGGAGGGCAAAUAUCUGAGCUUAGAGGCAGAAGAGAAACUGGCUGAGUGGGUGCUGACCCAACGAGAGCAACAGCUACCUGUAAAUGAGGAGACCUUGUUCCAGAAGGCCACCAAAAUAGGACGUUCUUUGGAGGGGGGGUUUAAGAUCUCUUAUGAGUGGGCUGUGCGUUUCAUGCUACGGCACCACCUGACUCCGCACGCUCGGCGAGCUGUGGCCCACACUCUACCUAAGGAUGUGGCAGAGAAUGCAGGACUCUUCAUUGAAUUUGUACAACGGCAGAUUCACAACCAGGACUUACCCUUGUCUAUGAUUGUGGCUAUUGAUGAGGUCUCCUUGUUCCUGGAUACGGAGGUACUGAGCAGUGAUGACCGAAAGGAGAAUGCCCUGCAGACAGUGGGCACAGGGGAGCCUUGGUGUGAUGUGGUGCUGGCCAUUCUGGCAGAUGGCACUGUCCUCCCUACCCUGGUUUUCUACCGAGGACAGAUGGAUCAGCCUGCUAAUGUGCCAGACUCUAUCUUGCUAGAGGCGAAGGAGAGUGGCUACAGCGACGACGAGAUCAUGGAGCUGUGGUCAGCCCGAGUGUGGCAGAAGCACACCGCUUGCCAGCGCAGCAGAGGCAUGCUUGUGAUGGACUGUCAUCGCACUCACCUGUCAGAAGAGGUGCUGGCCAUGCUUAGUGCCUCUAGCACUUUGCCUGCAGUUGUCCCAGCAGGCUGUAGCUCCAAAAUCCAGCCAUUAGAUGUGUGCAUCAAACGAACUGUCAAGAACUUCCUGCACAAAAAGUGGAAGGAGCAGGCUCGGGAAAUGGCAGAUAGUGCAUGUGAUUCUGAUGUCCUGCUUCAACUGGUUCUGGUCUGGCUGGCUGAGGUGCUUGGUGUCAUUGGGGACUGUCCAGAGCUAGUUCAGCGGUCCUUCCUUGUGGCCAGCGUUCUGCCUGGCCCUGAUGGCAACAUUAACUCACCUACAAGAAAUGCUGACAUGCAGGAGGAGCUAAUUGCCUCCCUAGAGGAGCAACUGAAGCUGAGUGGGGAACAGUCUGAGGAGGCCUCAGCUUCCACUCCCCGACCCAGGUCAUCUCCUGAAGAGACAGUUGAGCCUGAAAGCCUUCACCAGCUCUUUGAGGGUGAAAGCGAGACCGAGUCCUUCUAUGGCUUUGAAGAAGCUGACCUAGAUCUGAUGGAGAUUUAAGUGUUGGGGUCAUGAGG